AUGGCGACGCCAGCGUGGUUCCAGGCAGCCCGCCCCGGCGAUCGGGUCCUCGUCUGCUACUUUCAGGACGCGGGCGGGGCGGCAGUGGAGUGGCAUGAACGCGUUUUGCUCGGCCACGUCAGCGGCUCCAAGUGGGUCGCUAUCUCGCGGGACUUCGAUAUCUUUGAGGAGGAUUUUGCCGAAGCCGAUGGGCCGCGGCAGUUUUUGGCCAACGGACAGCUGCCUGCUGCGUUGCGUGGGCUCCCACACUUCCUGAUCGAUCACUACCAGUUUGGCCAGGACCGCCAGUACUACAUGGAGACGGGGGAGGCGCUCGCGCGGGGCCUUCGGCCCGCCGCGCCGGCGGCGCCAGGCCCGGCUCUCGGGGACGGGGGCCCAGGCGCGCUCGUGCCCGCUGAGGGCGCCGCCCCCUUGGUGGAGAAGUGGUUUGCGCUGGAGGGCCGAGGUGCCGUGCAGCGGGGCGACGCUCUCACGGCCGCUCUCGAGUCGGUCGAUGUCAGCGCCAACGACCGGUGCCUCUUCAAGCUGCUCGACGGCACGGUGCUGACCGGCGGGCUCGAGGGCGCGCUGCCCGCGGCCCCUGGCGGUGGGGGAGGUGACGACUCCCGCAUUCUGCCCGCCAAGCAGGACGGCCAGCGGCGCUUCCGGCGCAGUUUCGCGAGCGCCUUGCAGGACAUGCAGCUCGUCGAGUUCAAGGAUAGCUGGGAGAUCGAGGGCCCUCGGUCGGCCUACUUCACGGCGGAGUGGGUCCACGACGGGAACCACAGCCCCGUCCAGCGGCACUACUGGUGGCGCUCGGUGAUGGGUCUGUCGGCCACCGACGUGGGCGUGGACGAGCACCUGCUGCUGUCCCAGCUCAUCGAGGUCGCGAUGACGGUCGACCAGGUGCAGAUCUGCAACUUGGCGACUUUCGAGCUGGUCAGCCGCCGGUACCAGAUGUGGGAGAGUGCGUAUAAGGACUUACUUCGCGAGGUGGACACCGGCGGCUCGGGCGGCGACGACUGGCUGAAUGAGCGUUCUUGUUUUCUCGGUGUCAAGAAUCAUGGGGGUAGCGCUAUCAUCAUGCCCGAGCUGGAGGACUUCGUGGCGAAGGAGUUGGCCUCCCGGGCCGCUGUGCUCAAGGAGCGCCGCAAGGCGAUUUCAGCUUCGCAGCAGAUGAGGCAGCGCGACGUCCUGCCGAUCUCCCUGGCCGCCGCCUCGGAGGUCUCAGCCGUCCGACACCUUGCCCAGCAGUAUGGAUCGGUCGCGGCUCCUCCGCCUGACUGCGGGGGCUCCCUGGGAGCGUGGCAGUCGCUCCAGGGCUCGCGGCCCGGCUACAUGGACGACGUGUUGGCCGUCGGUGUUCGCGCGAACUUCGAGCGAGGGAACGUGUCGCUUCACGCGGGGCUUUCUGGGCGAGUAUCUCUGAGUGAGUGCCUGCCGCUUGCCCUGCAGUCCGCGCUUGAAGAUCGUUCAAUCCUUCUUUCUGAGGACGAGGCCGCCGCCCGUCGUGAGAAUUUUGAUGGCAGCCUGUUCCUUGAUCCUGUUCUGCGGGACAACCCUAAACUUUUUGGAGAGUUCGUUUCCGAGCUCUGGGAGGCUGGCGUUGUGGAGGUCAGCGACGAUGCGCUCGAAGAGAGUGGCAUGUUUUUCGUUCGAAAAAAAUCAGGCGCCCUUCGCCUGAUUUGGGAUACUCGUGUGCCUAACCUUCGGUUUCGCGAGCCCCCUGGUGUGGUCUUGCCCUCCGGCGAGGCCCUUGGUCAUCUCGAAUGCAGGCCUCGUGUGAUUCCCGUGCUGCACGGGGGCGACGUCGAAGUUUGCUAUUACCAGUUCGCUCUCCCUGAACAGUACAGGUGUUUUUUCGGCCUGCCAGCCCUUCCCAUUGCGCACCUGUCCCCGUCCCUCGUCGCUUCUCUGCCGGACGCGGUUCGGGAUCGUGGCUGGGCUCGCGUGCGGGCCCACGUGGUGCCGAUGGGUUGGAAUUGGGCUGUGGCCCUUGUACAGGCCGCGAACCAGUACCAGCUAGAUGGACUUUCCCCCGAGGCCCCGUGGCUCCUUGAUAAAGUUCCGCUUCCACCUCUUGGCGACGUUGGGUCGCUGCGCGGAUUGUAUAUCGACGGCUUCGUUUCCCUGGCCCAUAGUAAGUCGGUUGCUACCUCGGACGUCCUGGGGAUGCAGUCUCGGCUCGCGGACCUCGGGAUCGUGUCGACCCUGGGGAGCUCGGAGGCGGGGGACAAUGACUUCAUAGGUUUCACACUGGUGGGCUCCUCGGGUGAGUGGCGUCCUAAAUCUAGUCGGUUCUGGAGGUUGAAGUUGGCGUCGGAUUAUCUCUUGGAGGUUCGACCGAGUAUCGCGGGGCAGGAGCUCGAGCGUUUCGCGGGCCAUGUCACGGCUUUGUUUUCGCUGUCCCCUGAACUCUUGUGCCUCAUGGAAAAGGUCUAUGUGUUCAUUCACGAGAGUUGCACCCGCCGUCAGCUUUGUGGCCGUCUGUGCAUCGCGAAGUUCGGUGGAUACGUGCUCUGCUUCCGCUGGCGCGGGCGUCGAUGCGUCGGCCCUGGUCGACAUCAGGAGGAGCUGGAGAUCGCCGGGGCCUCGGAGGCCAACAUCCUGGGCCUGGGUCGGGCCCGGGCGUUUGUCGAGGUCCCGGCGGACCUGGUCGAGCGCGGCUGGACUGUGGCCUACGCUGGCCGCUGGUCGUCCACGCCGGCCAUGAACUUUCAGUGCCGGCUCACCUCGGCCACCGCCCUCGCCGUCGGGCUCAAGCUUUACGACCGUUGGGCCCCAUCGGAGCUCAGCGCCCUGCGGAUGUGGCAGUCCAUGUCCGGCACCGGCUGCCUGCCGCCGGCGCGGUUGCUGCUUGCGGCCCCGCCCGACUCCGACGUCGAGGGCGCUGCGGGCCUGGGCUCCUCCAGCAGCCGCUCCGCCGGCGCGCCGACGGAGCGCGUCCGCCCGGCGACGCAGGCGGGCUACUGCGACGUGCUGGAGCCGCUGGCCGACUUUCUGGGGCGGCGGCCGCUGCCCACCUUGUCGGGCCCGCAGUGGGACUCGCUCCUCCUCAACUUCGUGGAGUGGGUGCGGGGCGAGGGCUGGUCGCGGGCGCUGGCUUCCCGGCCGCUGCCCGCCGUGGUGUGGGCGCAGCCCACGCUGGGCGGCCCACUGCGUCAGGUCUUCCCCGGCGCGCAUGCGGCCAUGCUGGGCUGGCGCCAGCUGGAGCCCGCUCACAGCCGCCCACCUCUGCCCUGGGGUGUCGUGCUGGCCUUGGCGUGGGCGAUGCUGCCCGAGUGCCCUGUGGGAGCCCUCGCCAUCAUCGUCAUGUUCGAGACGUACAUGCGCCCCUCGGAGCUCCUGAGCCUCACAGUGGGGCAGCUGGUGCCGCCUACCGCGUCGCGGGGCCAAGGAGCGUUCUGGGGCUUUUACGUCCACGUGGAGGAGUUGGGCCGGCCGUCCAAGACCCAGGAGUUCGACCUGAGCGUGCUCCUCGACUUGGACCGCCACCGUCCGCUUAUCCCGGUGCUGCUAGCGCUGCAGGGCGGGCGCGCGAGCGGGGGGCCCCUCUUCGACGUCAGCUCGAGGCAGUUGUACCGGUCCUUCGCGCUGGCCGUGGAGCACGUUGUGGUCUCUUGCAUCGAGCCGAUCUCCUACGCGCUGCUCCACGGGGGCGCCAGCCACGAUCGUCUCGUUCGAGCGCGCUCGCUGGUCGAGGUGCAGCAGAGGGGCCACUGGCGCAGCUUCCGGAGCGUCGUGCGCUACGACAAGCACGCGCGGGUCUCCUUUCAGCUCGGCAAGCUUUCCGCGGUGGUGAGAAACCAGAUCUCGGCUCUGGUCGACCGCGGCUUUGCGCCCUUCGCCGUGCACUGCGCCAGGCUCUUGCACAGCCGCAGCCGCGCGGCCGCAGGGUCUUCCUAG